UUAGUUCAGGAUCAAGCUGGAAGAGUGAUAUUUUAUUUUUACCAUAAAUGGUAUCAAAUCAUUGAAUCGUAGUAAAAACCACAUUCAUGCAGCACCAAUAAAAGCUGCCACAGAACAACCACUGGAGCAUCACAAGCAUGACGCCCUUACUUGCAGCCUACAUUUUGGCCAAGCUGUUUAUCUUGCCAGUUCCUGGAGCCGAAUCCAUGAAAAUUGUUGGCGGGAAAGAAGCAAUUCCCCAUUCAAGACCUUACCUGGCCCAUCUUAAUGUCAAUUGUGGUGGUGCUUUGAUUAAACCAAAUUGGGUGCUGACUGCAGCACACUGUUACAAUGAGACUUUACUCGUUGGUGAUAAAGUGGUAACUCUUGGAGCUCAUUACAUUUCAAAGCCUGAGAAGGAAAAACAGAACUUUGCAGUGAAGAAAGCAGUUCCUCAUCCCCACUUCAAUGAACACAGUUUUGAUUUUGACUUCAUGCUGCUUAAGCUCAAUGGUAAAGCAAUGAUGAACAAAUUUGUGUCUACCUUAAACCUGCCUGCCUCUGGAGAAGAUGUUAAACGUGAUACCAAGUGCAACGUUGCAGGAUGGGGCAUCACGAAAUUGGAUGGACAGCCAUCAAAUAAGCUUAUGGAAGUGAAUGUCACUGUUGUAGACAGAAAAAUCUGCGAAAAAUUAUAUAUAAAUACCAUAACAAGGAACAUGUUUUGUGCUGGAGAUAUAAAUGGUGGAAAAGAUUCAUGUGAGGGAGAUUCUGGAGGCCCAAUAAUAUGCAACGGCAUCUACAGUGGCAUUGUCUCAUUUGGAGAAAAAUGUGGGCUGCGUGACAAACCAGGGGUCUAUGCUCUUCUCACAAAUGAAACCCUAGACUGGAUUGCAAAAGUAACACAAUCCUAUUAGGAUGUGUUCUGUGGUUUUAUUUGCUAAUACAGAAAUACAAUUUUAAUGUUAGAAAUGCUCUGCUUUAGUUAAAAUGAUUUAAACGCUGCUGUGCAACAUAGGUUUCUUUUGAAGCUUUAUAUAAAAUCAUGAACAUUAUGCUACUGAUAAUCAGCUUGGCAAUUAAUUGAAAUCAUAGGACUCCUGAAACAAUGCCUACUGCUAUCUUA